AUGAAUAUAAAUUCACCUAUUUUUGAUAAUAAUGGGUUGGUAAAGAUAGAUGAAGAGCAAGAUCUCACACAGAUUAUGUGGAGAGAUCAAGUAUGGCUGUCACAAUUCCCGCUGAAUAAGAUGACCAUACUCAACUACUUCUCACUAUCACAGUUCUACGAUAAACAAUGUAAUAAUGAAAUAUUGAAAAUGCAAAGACUUGAUCCUUCUGCUUUAAAGACUAUGGUUGGUUUAGAGUAUGAGGUAGUCGUCGAUAAGGAACCACUGUUAUUUAUUAUUGCAAAACAAAAUCGGUUGACUGCUAACGAUGCUAUUACACAGACUCUUUACUAUGUUAUCAAUGGUAGUAUCUAUCAGUCACCGGACAUCAAGAACGUAUUGGAGUCAAGAAUGAUACAAUCGUUGUUCCAUCUGAUCAAUGCAUUCGAAAAGAUAUUGUCUACCGUUAACUGGGACAUUGUCAAAGGCUAUCAAAUCAAUUUGGAUGGUUCUCAGAUGAAUCAACAAGAAAAGUCAAAGUUGGUGGCAUUCACACGCAAACAAAUCGAAGAUACCAAGCGAUUCGAUAGUUUAAUUAAUACUCUUUUACAAAAGUUUCCACCAAUUAUGAAACCAGUAGAGCAACAACCUCAAGUUCAGAAUCAAUUGCAAUCACAGAUACCACCACUACAGCUACAGCAACAGCCACAACCAAUUUAA